AUGGGAAAACGCACGCGCCAAGUAUAAAUUUCCAAGACCAAGUACUAAGACAACUGUCACAUAUUAAGCUUCAUUUAUUUAAAUUAGAUGAAAAACUUUCUGCAAUGAAUUCUCAUUCACUACAAAACACAAAUGUGGACACUUAUCCCAAUAUUUUAGAAAAUUUUCCUCUUCAAUAUGAAAUGGAUUUACAAAAUGUUGAAGUAAAACUGAUAAAUGAUGACAUUUAUAAGUCAAACAUGUUAACAGCUCUUUCCAGGAUGGGUGGUACAAAGACCGAUGAAGCUACCAAGUAUAUUUUAAAAAAAAUAUACACAAAUAAAUUAGCUAUGUGUUACAGUUGGAUGGGAGGAAAAGGAAAAAAAGUUUUAUCUACUAUGAUACUUCCUAAAUUAAUAAUAGAUAAUAUAUAA